AUGGCGGCCGUCGGCAGGCUGCCGGGCGCGGCGGCGGCCCUGCUGCUCGCGCUGCUCUGCCUGGCGGGGACGUCGGCGGCGACCAACGUGACGUACGACCACCGCGCGCUGGUCAUCGACGGCGUGCGCCGCGUGCUCGUCUCCGGCUCCAUCCACUACCCGCGGAGCACCCCCGACAUGUGGCCGGGGCUGAUGCAGAAGGCCAAGGACGGCGGGCUGGACAUGGUGGAGACGUACGUCUUCUGGGACGCCCACGAGCCCGUCCGGGGACAGUACGACUUCGAGGGCAGGAAUGACCUGGUGAGGUUCGUCAAGGCCGCCGCCGACGCCGGGCUCUACGUGCACCUCCGGAUCGGCCCCUACGUCUGCGCCGAGUGGAACUACGGAGGCUUCCCGCUAUGGCUGCACUUCAUCCCGGGGAUCAAGUUCCGCACCGACAACGAGCCUUUCAAGACGGAGAUGCAGCGGUUCACGGAGAAGGUGGUGGCGACGAUGAAGGGCGCGGGGCUGUACGCGUCGCAGGGCGGGCCCAUCAUCCUGUCGCAGAUCGAGAACGAGUACGGCAACAUCGACGCGUCCUACGGCGCGCCCGGCAAGUCGUACAUCCGCUGGGCCGCCGGGAUGGCCGUCGCGCUCGACACCGGCGUGCCCUGGGUCAUGUGCCAGCAGGCCGACGCGCCGGCGCCCCUGAUCAACACGUGCAACGGGUUCUACUGCGACCAGUUCACGCCGAGCCUGCCCAGCAGUCCCAAGCUGUGGACCGAGAACUGGAGCGGCUGGUUCCUCUCCUUCGGCGGCGCCGUGCCCUACCGCCCCACCGAGGACCUCGCCUUCGCCGUCGCCCGCUUCUACCAGCGCGGCGGCACCCUGCAGAACUACUACAUGUACCACGGCGGGACCAACUUCGGCCGCAGCUCGGGAGGGCCCUUCAUCUCCACGAGCUACGACUACGACGCCCCCAUCGACGAGUACGGGCUAGUGAGGCAGCCAAAGUGGGGCCACUUGAGGGAUGUCCACAAGGCGAUAAAGAUGUGCGAGCCUGCACUCAUAGCAACCGAUCCAUCAUACAUGUCCCUUGGUCAAAAUGCUGAGGCGCACGUAUACAAGACCGGUUCACUGUGCGCCGCAUUCCUCGCCAAUAUAGACAAUCAGUCUGACAAGACUGUCACCUUCAACGGCAAGGCGUAUAAACUCCCUGCGUGGUCCGUCAGCAUCCUUCCUGACUGCACGAAUGUGGUGCUGAACACUGCCCAGAUCAACUCUCAGGUAGCAUCUACACAGAUGAGAAACCUGGGGUUCAGCACUCAGGCGUCAGACGGCUCGUCCGUCGAAGCAGAACUCGCUUCUUCUACCUGGAGCUACGCCGUAGAGCCUGUCGGUAUCACAAAGGAGAACGCCAUGACAAAGCCUGGGCUGAUGGAGCAGAUAAACACCACCGCAGACGCCAGCGAUUUCCUGUGGUACUCAACAAGCAUCGUCGUGGCGGGUGGUGAACCGUAUCUGAAUGGUAGUCAGUCCAAUCUGCUGGUCAACUCACUUGGGCAUGUUCUUCAGGUCUUCAUCAAUGGCAAGUUUGCAGGUAGCGGUAAGGGUAAUGCUAGUAGCUCCCUGAUCUCAUUGACAACACCAGUUACACUUGUACCUGGAAAGAAUAAAAUAGAUCUUCUGAGUGCAACAGUUGGUCUGACGAACUAUGGUGCAUUCUUUGACCUAGUUGGUGCUGGAAUUACCGGUCCAGUAAAGCUGACUGGGCCGAAGGGUGCGCUCGAUCUAUCUUCUGCAGAUUGGACAUACCAGCAUUGUUGGUUUUUUCCUUGUCAAAAUAUUUGGUCACUCCAGAUCGGACUCAGAGGAGAAGACUUGCACCUGUAUAAUCCCUCAGAGGCCUCUCCAGAAUGGGUAUCAGAUAACUCUUACCCAACCAAUAACCCUUUGACCUGGUACAAGAGCAAAUUUACAACUCCUGCAGGUGAUGAUCCUGUUGCCAUAGACUUCACAGGAAUGGGGAAAGGUGAGGCGUGGGUGAACGGGCAGAGCAUUGGUCGCUACUGGCCGACAAAUAUCGCUCCACAAAGUGGCUGUGUUAAUUCAUGCAACUACAGAGGACCUUACGGCGCAAGCAAAUGCCUGAAGAAAUGUGGGCAGCCAUCGCAGACUUUGUAUCAUGUGCCCCGUUCGUUUCUCCAACCAGGCAGCAAUGAUAUAGUCCUUUUCGAGCAGUUUGGUGGUGACCCAAGCAAGAUAUCCUUCACGACGAAACAGACAGAAAGUGUAUGCGCACACGUGUCUGAGGAUCAUCCCGACCAAAUCGAUAGCUGGAUCUCUCCCCAGCAGAAAUUACAGAGGUCUGGGCCAGCACUUCGUCUGGAAUGCCCCAAAGAAGGUCAGGUCAUCAGCAGCAUCAAGUUUGCAAGCUUCGGGACACCGAGUGGCACCUGUGGGAGCUACAGCCAUGGCGAAUGCAGCAGCUCUCAGGCUCUGGCAGUCGCUCAGGAGGCAUGCGUCGGGGUGAGCAGUUGCAGUGUGCCGGUGUCAGCAAAGAACUUCGGAGAUCCAUGCAGAGGAGUCACAAAAAGCCUUGUGGUCGAAGCUGCAUGCUCAUGA